AUGGAUGACCCCCGCCUCCUGCCCCGGCCUGUCUCUGCUGACCGGGGGGAAUCUGGACAUGACCCGGCCGACCCUCACAGCCCUCCCCGCCCGCCCCAGUGCAGCCCACCCCGCAGCACCGCGCUCCUCCGCAGGACCCCAAACUCGCGGCCUGGGCCCGCAGGGGUCCUGCUCACCAGCUCCCGCGCAGUCAGGGGGCCGCCCCUACAGCCUCGCGAUCAGGGCCACUGGGGCCCACAAGGGUCCCCUGGUCAGGAGCGAAGGGAGGACCGCAGGAAGAGGCAGGGGCCGCCCAGCCGCCCGGCCAACCUUCCCCGGAGGCCCCCGACCCCUCGAACUCCGCCGCGGCCGGAGCGCCGCCCCCAGAGGAACAGGGAACAGGGAAGUGUGGGGCGGCCGACGGGCGCCGCCCCCGGGAAGUGCCCGCGGUCCCUCCGCGGGGGGCACCGGGGGACACUCCCCGCAGCGCCGGCGGGGGCAGAACGCGCCUGGACCGUAAGGGCACUCAAGGACAGGCCGGGGCCGGGGCCGCCUCCAGCGUCCGCAGCACCCCGGGGCUGGCCUCCCGGAGACCCAGACGACCCGGGUCCGCGCCCGCUCCCCUCUCGGGCUGCGCCCCCAGCCCGGCCCGGGCUCCGGCCCGAGCUCGGGGCGCGCCGCUGGGGUGCGGUGGGGGCAGCCCCCCGGUGGCGAGGCUCCGGCGCGGCUCCAGGCCGCACUCCCGGCCCAGCCCGGCACUGCCGGCCGGACUCACCUCCGCAACCAGGCGGCGCCUCCUCAGUCCCCGCGGCCCGGGCGGCGCGGCCCCGGGCCUGCUCGCCUGCGCCGGCCGCUCCACAACUUCUGCCGCCGGCCUCCCGCGCUGAGUGGCGGAGCAGCCGCGCGCCCGGCCCGGCCCCGACCCGGCCCGCGUCCGGCGCCCGCUCUACGCCGCCUCCGUAG